GGAACAAAAAUUGUCAUAAAGUUCUUUUCUAUUGAGAAUAAUAUACAUACAUAUGAUUCAUAAAUCGGUAUGACUUUAAAUAUGAUAUUAAAUGCAAUGUCCCCUUUAGGGUCAGCUUUAGUACAACUGUACCAAGAACUUGUCAUUCCAGCUUCGCAGGGCAGUGCUGGGGCCUGAUGGGGCGGGACCUGAAAGUCAUCCAAUCAGCAGCCCGAUAGUGAGACCUUCCAAUCAGACGUUUAGAAAGGGUGGAGGGGGCGGGCUUUCACGUUUUGUUUCUGAAGUCCAGGAUCUUGGAAUCCUCCGCAGGCUGGGUCUCUUCCGGUGUGGACGCUGCCUCGGCCCCGCUGCAUCCGUUUGCCCCGCGUCUGUCGGGUACCGGGCCAUCCACGGGAGGACGUGGACACCGCGGACGCCGGGCCACCAUGGAACCGUUGACCUUCAAGGAUGUGGCCAUUGAUUUUUCUGGAGAGGAAUGGGAAUGCCUGAACUCUGAACAGCAGACUUUGUAUAAGGAUGUGAUGUUAGAGAACUAUAGGAACCUGGUCUUCUUGGGUCUUGCUGUGUCUAAGCCAUACCUGGUUACCUGUCUGGAGCAAAGGAAAGAGCCCUGGAAUGUAAAGAGGCAGAAGACAGUGCUCUUCUUCCCAGCUCUGUUUCCUCAUUAUAACCAAGACUUUUCACCAGAGCAGAACCUAAAAUACUCUUUCCAGGAACUGGUCAAUGGAAGUCAUAGGAAUUGUGGCCUUGACAAUUUGUACUUCAGAGAAGAAAGGGAAAGUAUAGAGGGGCAUGAAGUUCAGAAGACCUUUUAUAAUGGACAUAACCAGUUUGUUACACCUGAUACGAGGAGAAGCUUUCCUCCCAGGAGAGAGCGGGACCAUGAAAUGGCUCAAGAAAACCCUCAGGCUAUGCCCGUUAUUUGUGAAGAGCCAUGUGCUUCUGUCAGUAAACAUCAGAGUCAGUUUGUGAAAUGCGCCUCUUCAUUCAAAGAUAAUUUGGGAAAUACACAAAGGGGUCUAGUCCAUUCUUCAGUUAAUGACUUGAACAGUUUCAAAUGUAGCUUUGGGUUAAACUUUCAUUCAAACAUUUUUGUAGAUGAGGAACUUAAAAGUGAAGAAAAAAUUUCUAAAUGUGAUCAGUUUGAGAACUCCAUUAUGAAAAAUUCAUUAGUAUAUAAUGAACAAAUAGGACUUUCAUGUGCCAAAACACAGAAUUUCCAUAAAUAUGGCAGGUUCUUUACACAUCCAGUAUCACCUAGUCAAAAUUCAAAUACAGAUAUUUUAGAAAUCCAGUAUAUAUGUAAAGAAAAUAGGAAGGCCUUUACUGAGGAGUCUGCCUUAAGCAAUCACCAGGGCACCUACAUUGGAGAGACAGUAUAUCAAUGUAAUGAAAAUGAUAGCAACUUAACCCAGGAGUCAAAUCUUGCUAAUCAUCAGCCUGCUCCUUUCCCAAAGAACUUUUACAAAUGUUUCAAAUGUGACACAGUGUUUCAUCAAUACUCAGAACUUAUUAUCCACCAAUAUAUCCAUAUUCAAGAUCACAUUUCUAAGGGGAUGGAUUGUAACACAGCUUUCAGUAAAACUUCCAGCCUUACUAGAAGUAGUACUGGAGAAAAACCCUACAAAUGUAAGGAAUGUGGCAAAGCCUUUACCUAUUGUUCAAGCCUUAGACAACAUCAUAGAAUUCAUUCUGGAGUCAAACAUUACAAAUGUAAAGAAUGUGGCAAAGCCUUCUACCAUAAAUCACUCCUUACUCAGCACCAGAGCAUUCAUGCUGGAAAGAAGCCCUACUGCUGUAAAUUUUGUGGCAAAGCUUUUAAUCAAAGAUCCACUGUUACUCAGCACCAGAGGAUUCAUACUGGAGAGAGGCCCUACCAUUGUAAAGAGUGUGGCAAAGCUUUUCAUCAGAGGUCAAGCCUUAGCCUGCACCAGAGAGUUCAUACUGGAGAGAAGCCCUACAAAUGCAAAGAAUGUGGUAAAGCCUUCAACCGUAACUCACUCCUGACUCAGCACCAGAGGAUCCACACUGGUGAAAAGCCCUUCCACUGUAAAGACUGUGGGAAAGCUUUUAAUAAAAAAUCAAGCCUUACCCAACACCAGAGAAUUCAUACCGGAGAGAAACCCUAUUCUUGUAAAGAUUGUGGCAAAGCUUUUAAUCAAAGAUCAAGCCUCAGCUUACACCAGAGAGGUCACUCUGGAGAGAAACCCAAUAAAUGUAACGAAUGCGGCAAAGCCUUUAAUCGUGUUUUUUUCCUUACUCAACACCAGAAAAUUCAUACUGGAGAGAAGGCUUACCACUGUAAAGAUUGUGGCAAAGCUUUUAAACAGAGAUCGAGCCUCACUCAACACCAGAGAGUUCACACUGGAGACAAGCCCUAUCAUUGUAAGCACUGUGGCAAGGCUUUUACUCAGAGAUCCAGCUUUACUCGACACCAGAGAAUCCACACUGGAGAAAAGCCCUACAAGUGUCAAGACUGUGACAAAGCCUUCAGCCGUAAUUUACUUCUCAUUCAGCACCAGAGAAUCCACACGGGAGAGAAACCUUAUCACUGUCAAGACUGUGGCAGAGCGUUUAAUCAGAGAUCAAGCCUCACUCAACACCAGAGGGUUCACACUGGGGACAAGCCCUUUUGUUGUAAAGACUGUGGCAAGGCUUUUACUCAGAGGUCAAGCUUUAACCGCCACCAGCGAAUCCACACUGGCGAGAAGCUGUACAAAUGUAAAGGCUGUGACAGUACGUUCAGCUGCUCUUCCCGCCUUGCCGACCACCAGUGCCCUUCCUUAGGCAGCUGCUUCCAAGACCCCAAAUUCCUCCAGUAUAUGUGAGUUCAUUGUUCUGUUAAAGCCAGUUAGCCAACACAGAUGGAUCUGUUCUUAAAACAUGUAAUAUGUUUGAUUAUAUAAAAGAUACUUCUUUCUAUUGCAAUACCUUACUGGAUUCCCAGAAUCACAUUCUGGUUUAAUUGAGUAGUAGUUUUCUUUCUCGUCAUGUUGUCAACUGGUUCUUUGUUAAUAAUUGCAUUCUCAAAUGUUUUUCCCAAACACUUUCCAGAAUGUAUACGUAAAACAUAUACAUUGUCCAAUGUAUACAUGAAACUGUACACCAGGCUUCACACAAGAGUAGUUUCUUGGCAGGUACCAUUCGGAGUCUCCCUGUGACUUACAGUCCCAUCUCUAAAUUGUGUAGCACAGAGCUUGGCUGUCCCCUCCAGUUGUGUUUACCAUCUUUUCUACAGCACAAUUAAGAUGAUGUUUUCCAUGAGGAUAACUACAAGAAGCAGCUCUAACCCCGCAUGUCUAUUUUUUUCCUUCAGUCAAGAAACUGAGAAACCAUAGAGCCCAGAUAGCAGAAAGAAAGAAAAAAAACUUAUCCAGUAUAGAAUUGGUCUGAGGGUCUUGACUUCAGAGUACUGCUAAAAGACUGAAAAUAUGUAGCUGAUGCAUGCUGAAUGCACACUUUUUUAAAAUUAAAUUACAUUGGGGGGGGGCUGUUGUGUACCUCAGCAUGCAUGUGAGAGUCAGUGGGUAAUUGACAGUUCUCUAUCAUUUUAGCUUAUCAGGCUUGGCUGCAAAGCUCCUUUAUCUGAGUCAUCUCUUCUGUGAUUGGAUUUUAGGGUCUAGGGUUUUUCUGGCUUGACUAGAACAGCCUCUAUGGCAGAGAACCCUGCUGUUUUCCACCUUGUUGUAAUUAGAAAGUCAGGCAGACCACCUUCAGUUUCUGCACAGUGCAGAUAAUCUCCCUGAGAUUUGAAAACAGGACCGUAUUUAAAAAUGAGAAUGUACAGGAAAUGUAGGGAAACAUUUUUAUGUUGAGAUUUCAAAAAGACUCCAUUAAGCUGAAGGCCUUUUGAGUAAGUCUUUAGAGUUCUCCAGAUCAUGUCUGGUUGCAUAUUGCCACUGAUAAAAGGCUAUGUUAGUGUCCUGGUGAUGAGUGCAGAAUCUGUAAGAGCAAAGAAAUAAUGACAGCAUACUUGAUUAGAUACGUUAUCAGAAGGGAGAAGAGCUGAAAAUAGGGAAAGAUAGGUCAGCAUCUAACCCAGAGCUGUGAAACAACUAAUUGAAAACUAUACAUUGGAAGUGUUGUUUUCCUCAGCUGAUGGAGGACCAGGUCUAUUUCACCGUCAAAGGUUUUUACUGGGGCUGUUUUAUUCUCUGUGUUGGCCUAGAGUCAACCUGGGUCUCACCUGCCUGAAUCAUCAUUCGUGCAUUGGUCCAGGAUCACUGAGAACCGUCUCAUUGCACCUAGGACCUGCCAAAUAUUUAGGGGUCCAGAUUUCACAUUUGGUUCAGGCUAACAAUAUGUCAGAAAGAGGAAUGAAUGAUUCAGAAUUCUUUCACAGAAGAAUUUUUGGUUCUAUAGAGGAAUCAUUCCAGUACUCAAACGAGGAAACCUGUGGCCACCUACAGGCAAAAUAUACUCAACAAAUAAAUUUCUUCACAUAGCUCUUCUUUCUAAGACAACAACAAAAACAAACACACACAAAGCUGUCAUGGUUGGAAACUUCUAGAAAACUUCAGUAUAAAACAAGUGGACAAAAAAAUAGAAUUUUGUAUGAGGUGAUAAGUACAAAGAAGGGAAGGCGUGAUUGACACAUUUGAAUUUGGAAAAAAUUUCUUUAUUGUAUUCUAUGUUCUGAUGCACUUCCACAAGGGCGUUUUUUAGAAAAGUUGUUACUUCUAUUUGUUGCUUUUACCUUGUUGGAAGAUUUGAACUCUAAUAGAAUUAUCUUAGAGAAAUUUAAAUUGGCUGUUUUAUGUUAGUAAAUGGAAAAGUAAUUGUUGUGGUUUGCUUUCUGUUGCUGUGAUAGAAACCAUAACCAAGAGCAGCUUGGGGAGGAAAUGGUUUGUUUUAGCUUCCUUUUCCAGGUAGCAGUCUAUCAUAGGGAAGUCAGGGUAGGAGCUAAGGUGGGAGCAGGGAAUGGAACGUGGAAGAGAGGUGCUCACUGGUUUGCUCCCCCUGGCUCCUGCUCAGCCAGCUUCCCUAACCAUCCCAGGACUACCUGCCUGCCCUUGGGUGGCACUGUGCACAGUAAACUGGGUUCCCCCACAUCAGUCAACAAUCAAAACCAUUACAGACUUGGUUAGGCCAUUCUGAUCUGGGCAAGUCCUCAGUCCCUCAGUUGAGGCUCCCACUUUCCACAUGACUCUUGGUGUGUCAAGUUGACAGUAGAAACAAACAAGGACAGUUAAGUGUAAGGUAGUGGUUAGGGCGGAUAAAAGAGAAGCUGCUGUAGCAAUACGGCAGCCAGAAGCCUGCAUCCUGUUUCUGGUUCCACAGAUGCUCAGGAGACAUUCUGAGGCCCUGCUCAAGUCCACGCCAACCAGCAGUCUCCCCUCAGAAGAGACAAUACGUCAGCACAUUUGGUGGAUAUGCCAGCCUCAAACUUUUCCCAGACCUAAAAGAAGAUAAGUCUGUUUGAUGGGAUGGCAUCUUGAUUUCUCAUUAAACCUGUAUCCAGAAAUCUU